AUGAGUGAUUAUUCAGCGGUGAAUCCGCCAACGGAAAAGAAUCAGAGUCAAGCAUUCGCGGCGGCUUUACAACGCGCUAAAGAGAUAGCAGCUAAAAUCCAACCAUCUUCCAAAGCUAGUUCAACAACAGGAUCUAUAUCACCAGAAACACAUAAAAGACCUUCAGAAGAUUACGGUAACUCUUCAGAGCCUGAUAGAAAAAGGUUAGCAACAUCUCCGGUGGCUUUAGCCGCCGCGCAAGCAGCAGCCGUGGCCGCCAGAGUGGCAGCAGCAGCAGCAGCCGGUAUCCAAGGCAUCGGUGGGCCUGGAUCACAAUUUGGAAACGUUAUUAACGAAGAGAUAAAAGUACCUGAUAAAAUGGUUGGACUCAUUAUAGGCCGCGGUGGAGGACAAAUUAGUCGACUGCAGGCUGAAACUGGGUGUAAAAUUCAAAUGGCGCCAGAUAGCCCUGGCCUAUUAGAGCGAUCCUGUACACUUACGGGAAAUGCUCAAAGCAUAACGUUAGCUAAAGAGCUCAUACAAAACAUUGUACAGAAUAAAGUAUCUGUUGAAGGAACAGGUGGUGCAAAAAUUGAAGGACUUAAUAUAUCUUCCCCACCUUCCCAACCAGCUUUUACUCAAGCCCAAAUAAUGAUACCUGGAGCAAAAGUAGGACUUAUUAUUGGAAAAGGAGGCGAAACUAUUAAAAUGUUACAAGAAAGUUCUGGAGCAAAGAUGAUAGUUAUACAAGAUGGUCCUAAUAGUCAAGAAAAUGAAAAACCUUUAAGGAUAUCUGGUGAAACAGCCAAAGUUGAGCAUGCUAAGAAGUUGGUGUAUGACAUGCUAGGAGGCGGUGAUAAAGAUGGAUCGUCCAAUUUUGAUCAGAACGGGUCAAAUUGGAAUGGUUCAAACAGCGGUGAUUACAGUAUGCAUUCUGGUUAUGGUGGCAAAGUUGAGGUUGGUGUACCAAAACAAGUUGUAGGAUUAGUUAUUGGAAAAGGUGGCGAUAUGAUUAAAAAAAUCCAAGCUGAUACCGGUGCCAAAGUCCAGUUUAUUAACCUCAAUGAAGAUACACCUGAUGAUAGAAGAUGUUUGAUCACUGGUAAUCCAGAUCAGGUGGCUGAAGCUAAACAAAGAAUAGAAUCAUUAGUCGAUAGCGCUUUGAACCGUAGUGGUAAUCGACAGAGUGGCGGUGGUGGUGGAGGCGGUGGUAAUUUCAAUAGAAAUCAAAGUUGGGGUAAUAGUGGUCAAACACAACCAUUAAAUGAAACAACAUUUACCGUGCCAUCAGCUAAAUGUGGAGUUAUUAUUGGAAAAGGUGGUGAAACAAUUAAACAAAUUAAUAUGCAAACCGGUGCACAUUGUGAAAUUGAUAGACGGCACAAUAAUACAGGUUCUGAAAAAACUUUUGUUAUACGUGGGACAACAGAGCAAAUCGAAAAUGCUAAACGCAUGAUAAAUGAAAAAUUAGGUUUUCAGGAUCCUAAUGGUGGUUCUCAGAACUAUAGUAAUAUGAACCAGCAGCAGCAGCAGCCACAACCACCAUAUGGUUCUCAAAUGGCUUGGGGUGGACAAGAUGGACAAAUGAAUGCAUAUGGUCAAGGUUGGAAUCCAAGUAUGCAACAACAGCAACAACCACAACAACCAACUGAUCAGAAUAAUACAAAUCCUAUGUCGAAUGCUAAUGGUGCCCAGGGGGGCUCAGACUUUAGUGCACAAUGGAUACAGUACUAUAGAUCUAUGGGAAUGCACAGAGAAGCUGAAUUCAUUGAACAGCAAGCCAAACAAAUGAAGUUUAAUCAGAUGAAUGGAACUAGUGCUGUACCAAAUCCUGCUAGCGUCCAACCUCAACCUCAUGCAAUUCCUCCAAAUGGAGCUGCUGGUGUUAUGCCAGUCGCUGCAAUUUCUGCUAAUGGCAGUGGAAGUGGUGCUGGAGGAAGUGCUGGUGCAGGGACUCCCGAUUACAGUGCGCAGUGGAUAGAGUAUUAUAGAUCAAUUGGAAAAAAUAAAGAAGCUGAUAUGGUUGAACAACAAGUUAAAGCAAGACAAAUGGGUCUACCAACUCAAACUAAUGGUCAACCAAGUGGAUCAGAACAAUCGCCUCAACAGCAACAGCAACAACCUAAUGCCUCAAGCCCUCAAUCAGGACAACCCCAAACAUUGAAUGAUGUAUCUAUGUAUGGUGCACAGUAUGGUAUGGCUUACGGAGCAGGAGGUUAUUAUGGAGCACAGAAUCCUGGUGCUGCACCUACUGGAUAUGGUGCUUAUCCUGCUGCAGGAAAUGCGUAUGCAGGUUAUCAGCAAGUUCCACAACAAGAUCCACCACAACAACAAUGA